CUGCCAAUAGGUCUCAUCCCAACAUCCAGUCUCACUAUUCACUGGGCCAAGAAGCACCGAAGCACACCUCCACAUAGUGCUGCUUCCUGAGUCUCUGCAUUUUGCAAGGCAUCCAUUCUCUACCGGACCCCUUGAAUAUCCCCAGGGCGCCAAUUCGAAUUCUCUGCCGUCAACAUGCAUCUGAAGCAGCAGGAGGGCUCCGGCACGCCGGCCGAGGCUCACUCUGGCGAGCAGUUCAAGAAGUUCUCUUCCAGCCUGCCUCUCGGCCAGCCCGUGCCACUGUCCCAGAUCUCCGGCCCCACCUAUGUCACCGCACAGCUCCUGGUCCAGCAGGUCGCCUACAAGCUGUCGGACAAGAUCUUCUCCUACUCCCCCGAGACAUUCGACCUCGACGUCGCCGUCAGCGAGUGGUCCCGCAGCAAGGAUGUCAACAUCCACGGCUAUCCCACCUCCGUCCUGCCGUUGCAGACCCGGACCGGUGCCGGCGCCUUUGCCCUGGGCUACAUGUUCUCCGAGGAUUUCGACCUGAGCAAGAGGCACAUCCCUCAGACCCUCCUGGCCCCCUCCCUGAGCCUGAGCAGCCUGCGGUCGUCGCUUGACCAGCUGUCUCUGCUCUACAGCGUCGCAAGCCCCUUUGUUGCGCACAUUGCCGCUGUUGACUACUCCGCCGAGAACGGCCUGGUCUCAGAGUACGGACGUGCCCUGCAGAUUGCAGACGACCUUGGCCUUGGCCUCGUCAGCAGCUCUUCCGCCUACGAGACCCAGCACAUGUCUCUGCUGUCCACCCUCCUGGCCUCCAUCCUGCCGACCCUGCAUGUCUAUGAUGGUGUGCGGACCUCCCGGGAGACAUUGAGGGUCAUCGAUGCCCUCAGCGAGGUUGGCAUCCGUGAGCUCUACACCAGCUUGUCCAAGCACGUGCAGGGCCUGAACACCCAUCUCGAUACUGCCGGCAAGGUGCUUGACCUUCUCAACGCCUUCAACAGCGAGCUCGGCACCGACUACAAGCCUUUCGAGUACUUCGGAGACGAGAACGCCGACACGGUCAUUGUGGUGUUUGGCAGCGUCGAGUCCCAAAUCGCCAACCAGAUCAUCUCCCAGCUGGCCGCUGAGGGUAAGAAGGUCGGCGCCAUCAACGUCCGCCUCUACCGGCCAUUCGUGGAGGACGCGUUCCUGAACACCCUCCCUGCAUCUGUGCGCGAGGUCGCCGUGCUCGGCCAAGUCCGAGACAACACCGAGGUCGAUGAUGCAGCCAUCCAGUCAAUCCUCUACUCGGACGUGCUCACUGCUGUUUCAUUCUCCAGCAGGUGGGCCCAGACACCCGCUGUCACCGACCUCAAGUACGCUGCGUCUGAGGCCCUGACGCCGUCCAGCUUCCGCUCCACCAUCCAGAAGUUGAUCAGCAAGGAUGGUGACCUGCCCACCAAGACUUCCACCCUGAACAGCCAGGUCGAGCAGUACACUUUCUGGGACCUUGACAACUCCGUUGCCCUCCACGCGCCCGCAGUGGUUGGCAAGUCUUUCACUCGUGAGUCUUCUGACAACAUCUAUGUCCACGAGACCUACGACAACCUGGUCCGUGGCGGCGUUAUCCGCACCGACAUCCGGAGCUCGAAGAAGACGAUCGAGGCUCCGUACGCUAUCAACGAGGCCGAUGUCGUGUACGUUGGUGAGGAGAAGCUGCUCGAAAAUGUCGACGUCCUCAACGGUCUCAAGUCUGGCGGCAGCCUGCUUCUGAGACUCCCCGCCCUGAAGGACGAGGAACUCGAGAAGAGGGUUUCUCCUGCGGUCAGGAAGAACAUCCAGGAGAAGUCCCUGAAGCUCUUCGUCCUCGACUCCUCAUUCUCUCCAGCCCUGGAGAAUGAUCUGGAGCUCCUGGUCGAGCUGGCGUUCCUGCGCGUUGCCCGGCCCGACGGUGUCAUUGACGCCGCUAAGAACCUGUCUGCUCCUCGCGAGGGCACAAUCCAGGAGUGCAAGGAUGCCCUGAACCAAUGCCUGCGCCAAGUCGAGGUUCCAGCCUCGUGGGCCGAGCUUCCCUCCGACUACACCUUCCCCGAGCUCACCUCCGGGGUCAAGACCACUGGCUUCACUGGAUUCAGCAAGGAGGAGCCCGAGCAAGACCUGCAGCUCAGCAGCUGGGAGUCUGCCGCCAAGGCUCUCGCCUUCAAGGAGGCCUAUGCCACCCAGGCCAGCCUGCGCCCUGACCUGACCGUCAAGACAUACACGGUCCACGUCAAGGAGAACCGCAGACUGACCCCCGACGCCUACGAUCGAAACAUCUUCCACAUCGAGUUCGACCUGGGUGACUCUGGUGUCACCUACAACAUUGGUGAGGCCCUCGGCAUCCACGCCGACAACGACCCCGAGCAGGUCCUGGACUUCAUCAAGUCCUACGGCCUCAACGCCGACGAGCUCGUCCAGGUGCCCUCGCGCGAGGACCCCAGCGUCCUCGAGACCCGCACGGUGUACCAGUCCCUGGUGCAGAACUUCGACAUCCUGGGCAAGGUUCCCAAGCGGGCCUACGAGCAGCUCGCCGAGUUCGCGACCGACGAGGUGGAGCAGAAGAAGCUGGCUGCCCUGGGCGGCAAGGACGGCGCCGAGGAGUUCAAGCAGCGCUCCGAGAUCGACAUGGUGACGUACGUGGACGUCCUCGAGGAGUUCAAGUCUGCGCGCCCAUCGCUGCAGGACCUCGUCAAGAUCGUUGCCCCGCUCAAGCGCCGCGAGUACUCGAUCGCGUCGGCGCAGGCCGUCACGCCCAACUCGGUGUCGCUGAUGAUCGUCGUCGUCGACUGGGUCGACAGCAAGGGCCGCACCCGCUACGGCCAGGCCACGCGCUACCUGUCGCAGCUGCCGGUCGGCACCGCCAUCACCGUCAGCGUCAAGCCGUCCGUCAUGAAGCUGCCCACCAAGGACACGGCGCCGCUGAUCAUGGCCGGCCUGGGUACCGGUCUCGCGCCCUUCCGCGCCUUUGUCCAGUACCGCGCCAUGCAGAAGGCCCAGGGCAAGGAGAUCGGCGCCAUCCUGCUGUACCUCGGCUCCCGCCACCAGCGCGAGGAGUACCUGUACGGCGAGGAGUGGGAGGCGUACCUCGACGCCGGCGUCAUCACGCUGCUGGGCGCCGCCUUCAGCCGUGACCAGCCCCAGAAGAUCUACAUCCAGGACCGCAUGCGGCAGACCCUGGACUCGAUCGUCAAGGCCUACAUCGAGGAGGAGGGCUCGUUCUACCUGUGUGGUCCUACCUGGCCCGUUCCCGACGUCACCGAGGUGCUGCAGGAGGCCAUCGCCGCUGAGGCGAAGAGCGCUGGCCGCAAGGUUGACCCCAGGAAGGAGAUCGAGAGGCUCAAGGAGGAUGGACGAUAUGUGCUCGAGGUGUACUAAAUGGGAAUUUUAU